AUGGAGAAGCUGAACGCAAACCCAACGAUUUACGCUUCGGGAGUGGCACGGAAGAGCGCAAUCGGCCGACUGGACGCAAGCGUGUCGCGAGAUGUUAUCGAUGCGGAGGAGGUGUUCGAGAUGAUUCGGCAUGUCAACGACCCUGAGCACCCGUUGACCCUCGAGCAGCUCAAGGUGGUCUCGGUGAGGAAGAAGGGAGCGGCAUCCCUAACGCGGCAGGGCAAGAGAGUAACAUAA